GAGCCAAUGAGAGAAGCCAUGGAGAUAGAUGGUUCAGCCGAUCCUCUUCCAUUUGCGAGAAGUUAUCAGUUGGAAGCUUUGGAGAAAGCCGUCGGUCAAAACACCAUCGUGUACUUGGAGACUGGUUCUGGCAAAACUUUGAUAGCGAUCAUGCUUCUUCGAAGUUAUGCAUAUCUUCUUCGCAAGCCUUCCCCUUUCGUCGCGGUAUUUUUGGUUCCGCAUGUUGUCUUGGUUAAACAACAAGCUGAAGCUGUGGAAAUGCACACCGAUUUGAAAGUUGGAAUGUACUGGGGAGACAUGGGAAUCGACUAUUGGGAUGCUACAACAUGGAAAGUAGAAAUGCAGAAACACGAGGUACUUGUUAUGACUCCUGCAAUAUUGCUGUCUGGCUUGAGGCAUAGCUUUUUCAAACUGAAUAUGAUAAAGGUCUUAAUAAUGGAUGAAUGCCAUCACGCUAGGGGUAGAGACCCUUAUGCGUGCAUCAUGACUGAAUUUUAUCAUCCUCAAUUGCAAUCUAAUAGUUCUGAGCUCCCCAGAAUAUUUGGGAUGACAGCAUCUCCUAUUAAAUCGAAAGGUGGGAAUUCUGAAUUGACUCUGUGGAAAAAUAUUGCUGAACUUGAGAGCCUAAUGCAUUCUAAGGUAUAUACAUGUGCAAGUGAAUCUGUCCUUGCGGAAUUCAUACCAAUAUCCACCCCAAAGUUCAAAUUCUACAAGCACACUGGAAUUCCAUUUAACUCAUUCAGGUGCUUGGCAGAUAAACUGCAGCUACUGAAAAAACAGUAUGAAUGCUCAGUGGAAAUGUCAGAGUUGACUAGUUCUGCCUCAGAGUCUAUAUGCCAAAGAAUAACAAGGAUUUUCUCAGCUUUAAUUUUUUGCUUGGAUGAGUUAGGUGUUUUGUUGGCUUUGAAGGCUGCAGAAUUCUUAUCAUCGAAUGAAACUGAAUUAUUUUCAUACGGAAGUAUGGAUGCCUCUGGACAGACUACUGUUAGAAAAUUUACAUUGCAUGCUUUGGACAUUAUUUCAACUUUCAUAUCAACUGGUCCUCAACAUACUGUUGGUGAUAUUAGGUCACAAGUGGAUGUGGGCCUAUUAACCACAAAAGUUCUCUGUCUUACUGACUGUCUACUUGAAUACAGGGGCUUCAAUGAUAUGAGAUGCAUAAUAUUCGUUGAGAGGAUAAUUACUGCAAUUGCUCUUGAAGCUCUUCUGAGAGAAUUCCUCCCAAAACAUAAUGGAUGGAAGACUAAGUACAUAGCAGGAAACAAUUCAAGGUUGCAAAAUCAAACAAGGAAAAAACAAAAUGAAAUCAUAGAAGAGUUUCGUAGGGGCUUGGUCAAUAUCAUUGUGGCUACGUCAAUUCUAGAAGAGGGGUUGGAUGUCCAAAGUUGUAAUUUGGUCAUUAGAUUUGACCCCUCUGCCACAGUAUGCAGUUUCAUUCAGUCCCGAGGACGAGCAAGAGUUCAAAAUUCUGAUUACAUAUUAAUGGUUGAAAGCGGGGACUUGGCUACGCGUUCUCGAUUGGAGAAGUACUUAAGUACUGGAGAAAUUAUGAGAAAGGAGUGCUUGCGUCAUUCUUCCCUUCCUUGUGAGCCCUUCGAUAGUGAUAUAGACAACAAGAAAACUUAUCAAGUUGAAAGCACUGGAGCGAUUGUGAAUCUCAGUUCUAGUAUUGGUUUAAUAUACCUUUAUUGUUCACGGCUCCCUGCAGAUGGGUACUUCAAACCAAUGCCUAGAUGGGAUAAAGAGACUGGGACGCUACUUCUUCCUAAGAGUUGCCCUAUAUCAUCUGUUUGCGUAGAAGGUUCCAAGAAAACCUUAAAGAAUACUGCUUGUCUUGAAGCCUGUAAACUACUACAUAAAAAUGGAGCUUUGACAGAUAAUCUUGUUCCUGAUAUCGUUAUGGAAAAAAAUUUGAUGGAAGAAUUUGAGAAUGAACCUUAUAACGAGGAGCAACCUCAUUAUGUUCCAUCUGAAUUGGUUAACUGCUUUCCACAUGAUGUCAAUACUUUAUACCAUUGCUAUCUGAUGGAGCUGAAGCAAGAAUUCAAUUAUCAUGUUGCUGUUCGUGAUGUUGUUCUUGCAAUGAGAUGUGAACUUGACCUAGAAAUUGGGGGCAUGGAAUAUACAAUGCAUACUGAUAAGGGUGGCUUGAUAGUAAAAUUCAGAUACAUUGGUACAAUAAAUCUUGGCCUAAAUGAGGUUCUCUUGUGUAGAAGAUUCCAAAUCACUGUAUUUGGAAUUCUUCUGGGCCAUAAUAUGGCCAAGUUGACAGCCAUUUUAAAUGAACUCCAUUUGGGAGAUAAUCUUGAGAUUGAUUACCUUCUGCUUCCAGCCACCACCAUAACUCAGAGACCUUUGAUCAUCGAUUGGCCUUCUGUUACUUCUAUAUAUUCAUCUCAAGAAGGUUGCAACAAACAUGCUGCAAACGUAUGGACCAAAGAAGCUCCUGUUUGCUCCUGCAAACUAGAAAAUUCAUUGGUCUACACUCCACAUAAUGGUCAUUUCUAUAUCAUCACUGGUAGAAUGGAAUUGGAUGGAAACUCUCCACUAAGACUCAGUGAUGGCAGAAUUACUACAUAUAAUAGAUACUUCAAAGAAAAGCAUGGAAUCAAUUUGCGUUUUCGACACCAACGACUAUAUAAUGCAAGACGCAUGUUUCGUGUGCAAAAUUACCUUCACAGAAGUAGACAAGUGAAGGAAAGAGAAUCAAACAAGGGUUCAGUUGAACUGCCUCCUGAGCUAUGCUCUAUUAUCAUGUCACCCAUAUCAAUCAAUACAAUAUAUUCAUUCUCAUUCAUUCCCUCUAUAAUACAUCGGCUCGAGUCAUUGCUGGUGGCGUUCAACUUGAAAAAAAUGUGUAUGCAAAAUGAUAUCCCAACAGUCAAGAUCCUGGAAGCAAUCACUGCAAAAAAAUGCCAAGAAUCAUUUCAUUAUGAAUCCUUAGAAACUCUUGGAGAUUCUUUCCUCAAAUAUGCUGCUGGCCAGUAUCUUUAUCAAAUCUAUCCAACUUAUCACGAAGGUCUACUCAGUGUGAAGAAGGACAAGAUAAUUUCUAAUGCUGCCCUCAGGAAGCUUGGGUGCAGCCGUGGACUUACUGGCUUCAUACGGAACUCCCCUUUUGAUCCACACAAAUGGAUUAUACCCGGAGAUAGAUCUGGAUGUGUUUCUUUAACAGAGGAGCUGGCAUCUGAUAUGACAAAGAUUUAUGUUAAUGGAAAUAGAAAAAUAAAACCUAAAGUCAUCGCAGAUGUUGUUGAAGCCUUGAUUGGGGCUUUCCUUAGCACUGGCGGAGAGAAAGCCGCUUUCAGGUUUAUGGAUUGGGUUGGAAUUAAGGUGGAUUUUAAAAUUACACCCAAUAAGACGAAUUUAAUUAUACAUCCAGAGAAGCUUGUAAAUGUCAGAUUUCUGGAAUCGUUGUUGAACUAUUCGUUCAAUGACCGUUCCCUCCUGGUAGAAGCUCUGACGCAUGGUUCGUACAUGCUGCCAGAAAUUCCAACAUGUUAUCAGCGACUAGAAUUUCUUGGGGAUUCUGUGUUGGAUUUUCUUGUUACUGAGCAUCUGUACAAUAAAUAUCCUGGCUUGUCUCCAGGGUUGUUGACUGACAUGAGGUCAGCUUCUGUAAAUAACGAUUGUUAUGCUCGGUCUGCCAUUAAGGCUGACUUACACAAACACAUACUCCAUGCUUCUCAAGAAUUACAUAGGGAUAUUGUUGCUACAAUAAAGGAUUUUGAAAAGCUGUCUUCUGAACCAACUUAUGGAUGGGAGACAAGGACAUAUUUCCCCAAGGUACUUGGGGACAUCAUAGAGUCUCUGGCUGGAGCAAUUAUGGUGGACUCUGGAUUCAACAAAGAGAUUGUGCGCAGAAGCAUCAUGCCUCUCUUGGAACCUUUGGUCACACCUGAUACUGUACAGAUUCAUCCUGUUCGUGAGUUGCAAGAACUUUGCAGUAAACAACAUUAUAUAAUGGAAAAGGCAUUGUUGUCCGCAAACAAUGGCUUGACUUGUGUCACAAUGAGGGUUCUAGCUAAUGGAAAAAUUUAUCAGGAAACCUGUACAGCUGACCACAAGAAAACAGCAAAAAAGCUAGCUUGCAAGGAAAUUUUGACGUCCUUGAAGAACACCAAUUCUGCAUGAGGA